AUGAGCUGCCGUUGCCGCCUGUUGCCGCCAUCCUCGUCCUUGCGGUUUUGGUUUGCACUCCCGGUAGUGGAUCACCUUCGACCGCACGUGGUCUCAACGAUUGCGUGUGGCAAGGCGCACACCAUCGCCGUGUCCGACCAGGGGCGGAUAUUCACCUGGGGUCUUUUUUCACAUUGGCUGCUGCUGGACUGGCUAUCUAAGCAUUCGGUUGUGCUUUGGCAAGCUGCGGCGAUCGCAUUCGCCGACUGGCCAUCAUUCAAGACGCUGGCCGAUGUGAUUAAAUUUGCUGGUUUGGCCGGUGAUCCUGCGGACAAGGACACGGAGGCCGGCUCUUUGAGUUCUCUGCUGGGCUCGGAUGGGAGUGAUCAUCCGCGUGUGUUUGCUAUGAUAUCCGAAGACGAUUUCUCUAAAAUUUUGGAGAAGUGGAAGGUGCCUGUGGUUUCAGGAGGGGCAGUUACACAGCAGGAUCCCACCCCUCGUCAGUCUGGACAAGGCGCGUUAGUUGGCAGGACAUGCAGAGUCGUUGUGGGUUUGAAUGUCACGCAACCGUCCGCUUCGCCAGCUGCUGCUGCUGUGACAGUGUCGGCCGCUCCCAAAAGGAAGGUCAAGCUCAAUGCUGUGAUAAACCAGACUGAUGACAUGGAAGUCGACAUCCUGGACGAUCAAGCAAUCACUGAUGCCUACGCCCGCUACACCAAGAAGAUUGGGGCAGCGCUGCCCCCGGAUCAGGAGCUGAGCUCCGAGCAGCUCACCACUCUGCACACUUUGUUCCAGAGUGGGAGGGCGCCCUACACUGACAUGGCUGUGUGGGGACCUUAUCAUCACCGCUUGGCCAAGAAGAUAAGGCUCAAAGGCAUCCGGCUGAACGCUCAAGGUGAGAUCAUUCCGGUGGAGAUACAGGGCCCUGCCGAUUUCGAGGCAUGGCGGGAGAGCUACAGUGUCUUCAGGACGGGAUGCAUCAUGUUCGGCCAAAUCUCCCCUGCAAGACUGGACAGCUAUGAGCAUCACAUUCGGUCUUAUCACGAACGUUACGGCAGAAGCUGCUGGGCACUGCUCUAUCAAGCCGAUGUGCGGGCUAGAUUGGAGUUGGCCGAGCGUCUAAGACGCCAAGGAAAAGAGGAAAUGGAUGCCGCCAUCGCUGCGGGAGGAACUCACGAGUUCAACCCUGCCACACCAUGGGAAUACGUCUGGAAGAUGCUGGUGAAAGACCAAUCGUUUUGGCAUAAAGAGCUCGAAGAACCUGCUUUGCUCAUUUUAGCCAAGACGCAAAGGAUGGCGCAUAUGCUGGGUGCUGACGCUGCGGUAGAGACCUCAGGGAAUGCCGGCACUGACAGAACCAUCCCAUCCUCCGCGACCACCGCCAAGCGCAAGCGCGAGGACAAUGUUCGCCAACACGUGGUUGGCGAGGAUGGCCUCUUGACUCAUAACCGCCGAGGCGCCGAAUUGUGCCGCGGCUUUCAGAAAGGAGAGUGCGUGGAGAAGGAUCGCAGCGGUUUCUGUGCAAAGAAUGGGCGGACAUUGAAAGAGGCGCCUUCGGAGGCCUGUGCAGAGGCAUCCGCUGACGUGGGCUGUGCAAGUGCUAGACCCGGGAGGUUACUUGGCUGUGAUUGCGAGGAUUGGGACAUCGAGAAUGGCGAUGACUACGACCUGGCGGAUGAUGCCGCCUAUCGCAAGCUGAGGGGGUAUCCGUGCCAUACAUUCUCAAAUGCUCGCAAGGAGGACGAUGGUGGGCCUCGACCACUACGGCUGCCUGGCGAUCGAGAUAUCUAUGGUCAAUCCGGACUCACGCCGGAAGAGAAGGAGGACGUCAGGCUGGGCACUCUUCUUGCUUUAAGGGCAGCUGAUAUCUUCAUGUGCUUUUAUGAGCUGGACAAGCCGGUCAUUCUGGAGCAGCCGCUGCGCCCUGACAACAGUGACGGGAUUAGCAUGCUUGACUUGCCCGAGUUUAAGCGCCUCCUUGCGCUGGAAGGUGUCCGACAUGUCAGGCUGGCACAGUGCAACUAUGGGGCAUCGUCAGAGAAACCCACCUCCCUAGUCCAUUUCAAGGUCGGCUUGGCCGAUGCAGUCGCCGAGUGCCAACAUCCAAAACGGUGGUGGCGACUUCCCAGCUCGGGAGCUUGGAAGAUGGCGGCUCACCCGCCGCUGAAAGGAAAGGAGGCCUACAUCCCAGCGGAUCAAUGGCGGCCUGCCAUGCUGCUCUCGGAAGAUGCAAAAGGGGCUAAAUUUCGAUUCGCGCCUUAUCUCACUAAGGCGGCGGCGUCGUACCCUGGCGGUCUCAAUGACUACCUGGCUGGGAAGCUCAAUGGGGCCCAUUCCUGUGCUGCGCCUCGAACUGCCACUUGGAAGCUUGCGGGCAAGUGGAAGAACGUGCUCGUCAGGGAGACCAGUGAGGAGCAGACUGGGGGGAUCGAUGGGAGCCAUGGCGUCGCGCCCAAACUGACUUGGGCGCCUUCUCUUAGAGGCCAUUCUGGUCAGACGAGCCCUGAUGACGUUGAAGCUUGCUUAGGCGGCAUGCGGCAUCCGAAGAAGGCGAUGGAGACAAUCCGAGGUUAUGACCGACUGGGCAAAGUCGUCUUCAAGGUGUUGGACCGCUACUUGGACUCCCAUCCUGACCUGCAGCAACAAUGCCUCGAGGCCAUUGGGUCAAAGGAUCCCAACAAGGUUCCCAGCGAGGACCACGUCGCGGCCAUUGUGCAUGAGCUCGAGGAUCUCUUCGGCCUGGGGGAGCGAACGCGUGAACAUGGCCUGGACUACGGCUUGCUGGGUGCGUGGGGCCGUAAAGCUGGUGACCCCGACGCGGAGUACAUCGAGACUUGGCUAAAGGGGGGAUCCCCGGCUGGCAUCGAUGCACCCAUCAAGGACCCAGGCAUCUUCCCGCAAAAUGACGCUGAGCCGGAGUCUGGCGACGGCGUGGACUACUUCCAUGAUCCGUCUGGCCAUGAGAACUAUAAAUCCGUGGAGGAUGAUCCCAUGGCACUUGUCGAGAUUCAGCGGCUGAUUGACACCGGCUACGUCAAGACGUUUGAUGACUUGGAUGCAUGUCAGGAGUGGCUGGGAGGGACUCCGCUCACUUCCAAGCUCGCCAUGGUGACCAAAGUGAGGCCCGAUGGCACCACCAAGCGGCGACUCAUCCUGGACUGUCGCGAGUCCGGAGCUAACUUGCUGGCUCAGAAAGGCGGCAGAGUGCAGUUGCCGCGACCCACGGAUUUGGUGGAUGACGCCUUAUUUCUCCUCAGUCGAGCUGAGGGCGAAGAGGUGGAAGCUUUGGUGCUGGACUUCAAGGAUUGGUUUUACUCCGUGCCACUCCAGCAUUCGGAGAGACGCUUUUUCACCGCCGCCUUUCGCGAGAAAGCUGGUGGGCCUCUGCGAUAUAUUGUGUUCACGACACAGACUCAAGGCAGCAAAAAUGCGCCCAUCAUAUGCGGCCGUAUUGCCGCAUACAUCGCCAGGCUGAGUCAGUCCCUGUUCCUCCUUGAUCAGGCGCGGUUGCAGCUGUAUGUUGAUGAUCCGUGCUUUCUUAUGUCUGGAGAUAGGAACCGCCGCGAUCGCCUGGCGUCGAUACUUAUCUGUUUGUGGUCGGCGCUUCGCAUUCCGCUGGCCUUUGGCAAAGCCGCCCGGGGCAACGACUUUACCUGGAUAGGCGUGCGCUAUUGCAUUUUGGCAGGCAAGGACGGCAAAGUUACUGUCACUGGCAAAGCCGAGCUGAUGGAGGAGAUCCUUGAAGCCACAUUAGCUCACCAAAGGACCAACGUGGUCAGCGUCCGAGACCUGCAAAAGUACGUUGGGAAGGCGAACUACGUGGCGGGCGUCGUUGACACAUGGCGCCCCUUCCUGACAGACUUGUGGGCUGUUAUAAACAGCUGUGGUCCGGAUGCAAGGCCUCCGAAUUGCGUCUGGACCAGACAGUGGGCACACGUUACAGCGUGGAUAAUCGCCUUCUACCAGGGUGAAGCCGGCGCUCUGGUGCGUGAGUACCGCGUCAGUCACUACUUUGGCAAGUCAAUCAAGGUACGGAUCGUCACAGAUGCGUCCCCUUGGGGCAUUGGAGGCUAUUUGGCGAUGAAUAACACGCCGAUCGCCUACUUUUCUGAUGAGCUCUGCGAAUUUGACUUGCGGCUCGCCAAUGCCGCGCUCGGGUCGCCAGAUGGCCAGCAGGUGUGGGAGUCACUGGCACUUUUGAUGGCUCUGCGCAUCUGGCGCUCGUACUGGGUCAGACGCGGGGUCGAACUUCACAUUGGAUCGGAUAGUGUUUCUGCUCUUAGCCUCCUUAUGAAGCUCAGGGCAAAACCCAAAGCUAAAGGUCUCGGCCGAAUUGCUCGAGAGUUGGCUCUGGACUUCAGUCGUUGCAGUUACCGACCUAGGUGGCACGAACACAUCCCAGGUGUCUCCAACGUCGUCUCCGACAAGCUCAGCAGACGCUUUCAGCCUGGAAAGUCUUUCGUGUUGCCUGAAGUUCUGAAGCACGCCACUGAAGCAAAAGUUCCGAUCCGAAAUGAGAAUUUCUUUCAAUGCGAGUCGGCCGCAAGCACAGCGGAGUAG